AUGUCCUCCUACUUUAUCACUGGUGCCGGUCGCGGCCUAGGCCUCGAAUUAGUCAAUCAACUCUCACGAAUGCCGUCAAACCAAGUAUCGAUCGUCAUCGCCGCGAGCAGAUCACAGCCCACAGCUGCCCUACAAGAGGUUGUUGAUCGUUCACAUGGACGUGUCAUCCCUAUUACCGUGACGAUCACAGAUCGAAGCAGUAUUGACAUGGCUGUGAGGGAAGUCAGCAGUAGACUUGAGGGGAAAGGUCUUGACGUGCUGAUCAACAACGCCGGCGUUAUGCCUGGAGCGUUCAAAGGUAUCGCAAAGAUGGAUAACCUGAGGUAUGCGUUCGAAGUCAAUGUCGAGGCGGUUCACGAGACGACCGCAGCAUUGUUGCCAUUGCUGAAGAAAGGGGCUGGGAAGCAAGUUGUCAACAUCUCAACGACCGUUGGUUCAAUCUCGCAAGCUGAGGGAUUUGCUCAAGCGCCAUUCCCGGCAUACAAGGUCUCAAAAGCCGCACUAAACAUGUUGACUGUGCAAUAUGCGCUCGAAUAUGGCAAAGAAGGGUUUACAUUUUAUGUGAUAUCGCCUGGGUGGCUCAAGACCGAUAUGGGCAGCCAGAACGCUGAUCUGGGAGUGGACGUUGGGGCGGGGGCCGUGCUGGACAUUGUGUUAAACAGUAGACCAGAGUACAACGGCACAUUCCGAAACAUUCUGGUUCCGGGAUGGGAGAAUAACGAAGGCCCGAACCGUUAUGAUGGGAAAGAGGUUCCUUGGUAG